GACUUGCAAAAGCCCAACCCCAGCAAUUAUUACUCUCUGACACAACCAAAUAGUCGGAAAAUAUUAUUAGUUGGAGUGCCGGUUUAGCCAGGAUGAAGAGCUUUAUUGUCGUGGUACUGGUGGUGGCCGUAAUGUUAAAUUUCCAGGUGGAAGGACAAGGCAUUCCACCAUGCGUCACAAACCUAGUGGGCUGCGUAGAUUAUCUGAACACAACUACGACACCUCCAGCGACUUGUUGUGUGCCAUUGAAAGAAGCUAUUACUGAUCAGCUUCCUUGUCUGUGUAACGUCUACAAUGACCCUGCUUUUCUUAAAUCUCUUGGAAUUAAUGUUACUCAGGCUAUUGAGCUUCCUGCUCGGUGUGGCAUCGCCUUCAGUAUCAGCGAAUGCUCAGGAUCACCAGCUCCAUCACCAUUUCUGAUAUCUCCUAUGCCCCAAAUGCAACCAGGAGGAUCAACAACUCCGGGUAAUCCGACAACUCCAUCAGCACCGUCGCCAAGCAGUGCUGGACAGAGUGCUGCUGCAACAUUUAGCUGCUUGUUCAUUAUGGCUGCUGCCGUGCUCUAUUUGGCGUGACUUUCCAUAUAGACAUUCUGAUAUUAACGUAGAGCCAUUCAAGGACUGGGAGCAAAAUCAGCGGAUACAUAACUUCUACAAUUUCAUGUUGUCUAUUGUUGUAUCAUUAAUAGGUGGGAGAUUUAAUCAAAUAGUAUCACGUGUUCUUAGCAUAAGCUACGUUACACUUGUGUCCAUGUCAUCUGUCCUGUUAAAACUUCCAUUGCAAUAAAAUUCUUAAUGAGAAAUUUACCAAA